AUUUUCUCAAAGGACAAAAAAAAUUACUCUAAUUCUGAUGGACCUACAAAUAAGAAUCAUUAAUAAAACAUUUGAAUAUGCCACAUCAGCAUUUUUUACACUGCUUAUCCUAGUUCAUUCAAAGCUUUCUUGCAAUUACCACUUGAAAAAUAGCAAACAUACACCUGCCAGCAAGGUAUUUUAAUCCCAUAUAAAAACAGAAUUAUCAUUACAUGAAAAACAUGGCUAUCCAUUUUUGAAGCAAAUCAGUACCACUGGCAUCUUUCUCCAAGUGUACUGUUCAUUUAUCUAGUAAAAUAAAAAUAUCAAAGCUGUCACAGGGCAUAAUUUAGUUUAUACCCUCCUUUUAUUAAAUCUCAGAUCUACCACACAGCUGAUCAAGAAACCUCUGCUUGCAGGGGCAUGGAACCAAAUUAUCUCUAAAACUGAGCAAGAGAUGUACUUCAUUAUAUCCAUAAUGCAUAAAUAAUUAAGGGGCCAGAGGCAAACUUAGCCUAUGUCAAAUUUUAGGCUGUUUUCAUUUUCGCUCAGAUUUGCCUAACUUUUUGGAAUGUGAGUUACAGAUUGGUAGAGAAUCAUUCCUCUAGAUCUGACUUUUUUUUUUGGAUUUAAUCUUUCUUUUACCAAGGACAAAAAGAAGCCAUUUGUUUCUCCAACAGGUUUUGCAUUAAUCAUAUCUCAAUAGAGCCCCAAAAUGAGACCUAGGCUGGUUAUCCUUGCCCCUCAAAUUGUCCUAACCUUUUUUCAAGGGACAGUUGGGUUUGAGAGUCUGUCUUGGAUCUCUCAGCUGCAUUCUGAAUAAAGUACAGCUGUAAUAUCAACGAAAUAUUAUGUUAGUAUAUAUGAUAACGAUUAAUUUCAAACCACAUCAAUCAACACCCUUUGGAUGCAACUUUCACACAUUUCAGAAAAAGACACUUGCAAUGCUCUGCGAUGAUAGGUCUUAGGUUGAAUGAUCACUUGGUACUGUAGCUAAAGAGUUAAUUCUAAGAUCGUAACAAUAGCAACCGUCGUCAGGCCAGCCUAUUAAAGACAAUCUAUUAAAAUUAUGUUACGAUCGGUACGUUUGGAGCUCAUUCAAAUUAUGAAUUCAUUGUCAUCAAUCGUCAUCGAGAACUUGGCUGAUGGUAACUAUGAAUGUCAUCCGAGUAUAGAAUAAAGAAAUACUUUAAAAGUACAACUGAAAGGCUUCCAUUUCUUUUUAGAGGCCCACUUUAAGGAGUGGGUAAAUAUGACGAAAAUUUAGUAAAUUCGAAUUCACUUUUUCUAAUUCUACAAGCUUGCAUGGUCCUUUAUCCAACCCCAAUUCGCAAAAGUGGAUUUUGUUGUUACAUUACAAUCUCUAGUCAGUUGCAAUCGUUGUAUUUUACGUAAUUUCGCACGUUUAAGUGUAUCAGCUACUAGAGUGAUAAAAGCCGACUGAAAUAUGGGCAUAUUACUCGGUUUUGAUUUUUUGGUGGCGCCGGCUUCUGCAUCGUCUCCACUGUCAUCGUUACGGUCCUAACACAAAAAAAAUUCACAGGUGAUGUAUCGCGCAUUUAGAGAUUAAGAUGUUGGAUUCUGAGUUUCACUUAAACAACAACAAAAAAAAUACUACUUCCAGCACUGUCAAAAGAGAAACCCUGCUCUGCCAUGUUUGAAUCCGUGCAUUAGUUUGGGGCACUGGGCACUGUAUGUGAUAUGACACAUUAUGACACAUGCGUAGUCCAUGGUUAUUCUGUUUGGUUCUGUCUACACAUUUUGACCCAAAUAAUACCUCCUCACACAUGUAAGAAUCCUUUUGUGUUUCCACGUGAAGACGAGGCUAGUCGGUCCAGAACAAUGAACGCCAAGUUUGCAUUCGGUGUUAGAGCUCCUUUUAUUUUGACAAAACUAUAUUAGCAUAAAUUUGCAUGUUGGAAGUUUUAAUGUCAGGGAAACACCAGUCGACCUUGAGAUCAGAAAGUUUCGCAUACUUUCUCGGCAGAAGUACAGUUCUCUAUCGACAUUUUCAUCGUAUUUCAGUUUCUUGGACAAUUAAAAUUUUCAAGGUCAGUAGCAAACAGAAUGGCUCGUCACCGUUUACCGAGAACAUUUUUGCUUCCUCUGGUGUGCAUCACAACCCUCUUUCACUUUGAGCUGGUGAAGGCAGAUGUUCGUGUGCCCUGUGGCAUGGUGAAAGACUGGUUUCCUAGUGGUACAAAGCCUCAGAGUUCACAGCCCCCUUACAUGCUGAAUGUAACUGAUCCGGAUGGGAACAUGGAUGAACCAUAUUAUGCAUCCAGGCAGAAGCCAUACACAAUAUCGUUGAAUGGAACUCGCUCCGGUGAUAUUACACAGAAUUUCACGGGCUUUAUGCUUUAUGCCUACAAUGAGUUCGAUGACGAAGACAGUGGAGAUUUCUUGCCCCCGCUACCUGCCGGAGUGUCCAAGAGGGCUUGUCACUUCAAAGGCACAGCACAAUAUAUCGAGGUACUUGAAAACUCAACAAACAGCAUGCAGUGGAAUAGCAUUCAGAUCAAAUGGAAAUCGCCUGAGAAAAGCAUAUCUGGAAAAAUUACUUUUAGCGCCAGUGUGGUUAAGGAGGAUGGCGUUUUUUGGGAUGGACCUAGUGUGACCCUUAACCAUAUGUGCCCGAUGCCAAGUUGUAACCUUCCAAAAGGCUGCCCCAAUGGUCUCGCUAGAAAUAAGUAUGGAUGUAUUAAUUGUGAAUGUGCAGGUCAGUAUAGACCACGAGAAUGCCUGAUUACACUCAAGGUCUUAAAAUAA